AUGACGGCCGCGCUGGCGUCCAAGGCCCCGAUGCCAACGCGGGCCGAGGCCACGCCGCCGCCCGCAGACGAUGUCCAGAGCUGCUUCAACGGCAGCACCAACUGCAACAGCGACGCCGACUUCCCGACGUCCACCACCUUGGAGAAGGAGGAGCAGGAGAAGCAGGCCUGCGACCCUUCUACCUCACCGCGAAAAGAUGAAGAGGCCGCGUCCUGCACAGAAAAUGGCACUGCUGCUGCGGCCACUUCCGCCCCCGGCCAGCGACGACCCAUGCUCACCGACGCCGAGAUCCAGCGCCUCGGCCGCGAGCGCCCCGCCGUCUUCUCCGGGUGGCUGUCCGAGUCGCUCUUCGUCUUCACCAUCGUCUUCUCCAUGAUGAUGAGCGAGUACUUCAUCAGCGGCUUCAACAUCAUCCUGCCGCCCGUGUCGGUGGCGCUCAACAUCGCGCCCUCGUCGCGCACCUGGCCCGCCGGGGUCACCAACCUGACCAUCGCCGCGCUGCUGCAGCCGUGCGCGCGCGCGUGCGACAUCUUUGGCGCCAAGAAGGUGUUCCUCUUCGGCCACGCCUGGCUCUUCGCCUGGGCGCUCGGCUGCGGCUUCAGCAACGGCCCCACGGUGCUCAUCGUCUGCCGCGCCAUGCAGGGCAUCGGCGCCGCGGCCUUUCUCCCCGCGGGGCUGGCCCUCCUCAGCAGCGCGUACCGGCCCGGCCCGCGCAAGAACCUCAUGUUUGCCGUGUACGGCGCCUUUGCCGUCAUUGGCUUCUUCUUCGGCAUCAUCAUCGGUGCCCUCGCGGCCGAGUACCUCAGCUGGCGCUGGUACUUUUGGAUCGGCUGCAUCCUCGUCCUGCUCGUGGCCGUGGUCGGCGCCGUGUACGUGCCGAGUUCGGCCAGCGAGCUGGACCCCGCGGCGCGCAUGGACUGGCUCGGCGUGGCGACGAUUGUGCCGGGCCUGGUGCUCGUCGUGUUUGCGUUUACCGACGGCGGGCACGCGCCGCAGGGGUGGCGCACGCCAUACGUGUACGUGACGCUCAUCCUGGGCGUGCUGUUCCUCGCGGCGGCCGUGUACGUGCAGGGUUGGGUGUCGAAGCAGCCGCUGCUGCCGCCGGACCUGUUCAAGCACAAGUACAUGAAGCGGCUGAUGGCGGGGCUGUUUUGCUCGUACGGCGUGUUUGGCCUGUUUUUGUUUUACUCGAGCUUCUACAUCGAAAACGUCAUGCACCAGACGCCCAUCCUCACGGCCGCGUGGUUCGUGCCCCUCGCCGCGGGCGGGUUGUUCCUGGCCAUCGCGGGCGGGCUCGUCAUGCACAUCAUCCCCAACCGGCUGCUCAUGAUCAUCUCGGGGCUGGGCUUCUUCCUGUCGAGCCUGCUGUUCGCGCUGAUCCCGUCGCCCGACUCGGGCAAGUCGACGAGCUUCCUGUACUGGGCGUACAUCUUCCCGGCGAUGCUGUGCGGCACCAUCGGCGUGGACAUCACCUUCAACGUGACCAACGUCUUCAUCACGACGGCCAUGCCGCGGCGCCACCAGGCGGCCGCCAGCGGCCUCAUCAACAGCCUGCUGUACCUGGGCAUCGCGUUCUGGCUCGGCAUCGCGGAGCUGGCCGUGUCGGCCAAGGUGCAGACGGCUGGCGGGACUCCCGACGACCUCGAGGCGGUGCUGGACCCGCGCGCGCAGUACCAGAUUGGCUUCUGGACGGGCGUCGCGCUGUCGGCCGUGGCGCUGUCGCUGACGUGCACGGUGCGCAUGGGCCAGGCCGAGGCGGGCCUGACGGCGGACGAGAAGGCCGAGCUGGCGCAGGCGCCGGCUGCGGAGGAGGAGGCGUCGCAGCAGCAGCAGCAGCGCAGUUGA